UCUUCAUCAUUUUCUUCUUCAUCAUUUUCUUCUUCUUCUUCUUCUUCUUCUUCUUCUUCUUCUUCUUCUUCUUCUUCUUCUUCAUUUUAUUCUCCUUCUUCUUCUUCUUCUUCUUCUUCUUCUUCUUCUUCUUCUUCUUCUCCUUCAUCUUAUUCUCCUUCUUCUUCUUCUUCUUCUUCUUCUUCUUCUUCUUCUUCUUCUUCUUCUUCUUCUUCUUCUUCUUCAUCAUCUUAUUCUCCUUCUUCUUCUUCUUCUUCUUCUUCUUCUUCUUCUUCUUCUUCUUCAUCAUCUUAUUCUCCUUCUUCUUCUUCUUCUUCUUCUUCUUCUUCUUCUCCUUCAUCUUAUUCUCCUUCUUCUUCUUCUUCUUCUUCUUCUUCUUCUUCUUCUUCUUCUUCUUCAUCUUAUUCUCCUUCUUCUUCUUCUUCUUCUUCUUCUUCUUCUUCUUCUUCUUCUUCUUCUUCUUCUUCUUCUUCUUCUUCUUCUUUGCUUCUCCUUUUCAGUCUUCUUCUUAAUUCCAAGCUUUUCCAACGCAAAUAUUUUAUAUUUGGUUUUAUUAUGAAUGUAGUUGUCAAUUUAGGAAUUCGACGAAAACAGUCAACAUUCAAAUGGAGCUCCUGGGGGCGGGAAGUACCGGGUGGUAAAUAUUAG